AAGUUCCUUGAGGAUAACGAGCAUGGCAAUCGCCGGAAAGUUAGAUGAGCUCCGGAAAGUAGCGGAGAGCAGGGGAGAGCCAUGGCCGAAUUGAAGGAAAGGUCGAUCGCUCGAUUGCAAAUCACAUUCCGAGAACGUUGUCCCCGACGCUCCGAGACCGUUGAGCGGGAGCUGAGGCGUCGGAGAUGGAGGCAAUGCUGGUGACGAUGCUGGUCGGCUGAAGGGGAUCCGUGUCUGGGACGACGAUUGCAGUCGGUGUCGCGAAUUGCUCUGUCUUGGAGCGCGUGAGCACGCGGCGGGGUGAGAUGAUUUCGGGUAUGACGGUCAUGCUCGGCAAAUCGCUCGUUCAGCCUCGACCUUGUGAAAUCCUGAACGGAUUCCGGUGCACCCUGAAUUUUCAGUACCCUCAGAUUGCUCGAGCUUUCUCUUCGAGCGCUAAAAUCACCCGUUCAUACUCUUCUCAUGGAUCCUGUACUUCUUCUGUUCAUGAUUCAGCCUCUCGGAAGGCGAAUCCCCUCGUAACAUUUUGGUUCCGUGGAGCUCUGGUUGAGCAGCUUCCAUGCUCCAAACGUUUAAUUCGGAACAGGCUCACCUCACAAUCUGCAGACUCCCAGAGACGCGACCUAUCACUUGCAUCUCUGAAUGAAAGGAAUGAGGGCUCUUCGAAAAGAAUAUGGAAGACACGAGUGGCCGGUGGCAGUGAAACGAGUUCACAUUUGAACCUCUCUGCGGAUGAAGAAUUCCGCACAUUGCCCUCGGAGCCUGCGCCAAAUCGCCAACGGGACAGUGCUGAUGCAACUGAUGAUGAAGAUUCCACGAUUAAGCAAUCUGUGAAGAGCGGUAGAUUGAGAACUAAAAGUGGUAGUUCCGGUGUAGCAGGAAAGGAAGAUGGCUCAGCGAAGAAAAGGACAGCCUUUGAGCAAUGGGCAGUGACGAAACUCAGAGAAGAUGGGUUAUCCGCCCUGACAGUCAUCGAAGACAUGAGGCAGACCUUUGCUCCAGGUUCACAACCCUUGAAUCCUAGAAUUCUUUUGAGCGAAGCUGAGUUAAGGGAUUUAGAUAGUCGAGGGAGUGUGAAUACGAGUCCUCAGCCUGUACUCAAUACAAAUGAUGAACGUGAUGAAAGGAAUUCUACGAAAUCACUUGGCCAAACGAAGCCCAUGGAAGCCAAUUCGUCUCCGCAAAGGUCUUCCGAGCAAAGCAGAUCUGCGAAGCAGGUUGACGAGAGCAACGGUAGUCGUGCGGGUGUUGCAGUUUUGAAACCGCUGCUCGUGAAGCGGAGUACAACACUUCCAGAAAACUGGAAUGGCCCCGGGGGUACGGUUGUCCUUAUCGACAAACCCCAGGGUUGGACGUCGUUUGCUGUAUGUGGGAAGUUACGGCACACAAUGAAAAUUCAAAAGGUGGGACACGCGGGGACAUUAGACCCCAUGGCAACAGGCUUGCUCAUAGUCUGCUUGGGCAAGGCAACAAAAUUGGCUGACAGCUACCAAGCAAUGACCAAAGUGUACUCUGGAGUUUUCCGACUGGGCGAGGAUACACCUUCUUUAGAUGCCGACACUGAGGUGUCUGACACUUUGCCAUGGCAACAUAUCGAGGACGAAGACAUUGAAACGGCGAAACAAGCAUUUAUUGGUGAUAUUUUACAGUCACCUCCUAUGUAUUCUGCGAUCAAGGUCAAAGGAGAGAGGUUGUACGCAAAAGCAAGGCGAGGAGAAGAAGUUAUUGUUCCGGCUAGGCCGGUGACUGUGCACGAAUUUGAUAUCAAUCGGGACCCUAGCAACAGGCAAGAUGUUCAUUUUAGAGUGACCUGCUCCAAAGGAACUUAUGUUCGGUCAUUAUGUUCGGAUCUGGGCCGUGCUCUCGGAAGUUAUGCUCAUCUUACAGCACUUCGUCGAGAGAAAAUAGGAAGCUACAGUGUUUCAGAUGCUUGGACAGUUGAAGACCUUGUAGAAAGCUAUCAUCAGCAGUUUAGUGAACCCUCUUUUAGGAGUAAAAUAUAAAUGACUUAUAUACAUAUUUCAAUUCAUUUCAUUAUUCCACAAGAAGUUACGUCUACUUUUUGUCUCCCCGGUUGUAAAUUUCGUAAACUGCAUGACUUGUUCUGAAAUCACUUUUUAACUGAUGGUAGGCGAUGAGUCGGACGAGUUAAAAUGACUUCAAAUGACUUCAAAUGGUAUCUUAGUCAAAACAAGUGUGUUGGCUAAGAUACCAUUUAAGUUCGUUACCUCUACGUGAUCAUCUCGUAAUUUGGCUUCCUCAACUUCUUUAUCAUCCGGGACGGGGAGCUGCAAUCUUGAUUCUUGAACCCAUGGGAUAAAGAAUACGAGCGAUUGAAGAUUGAACGAAGAGACCAUUUGACCCUUCCCGCCUACAUCCAACUGCCCAUUCGCAUGCAACUGGAAAACUGUCAACUGGAUUUAUAAAGUCUAUACUCCGUUCGUAUAUUAUUUUACCCAAUAACGUCGUCUACGGUGUCUUACUCAGUAAAUGCGACAAUAAUGAUCGAAAGGUUGUGUCAUUUCCCUGUCCUUUGUUACUCAAGUCCCCGAAAGCCUUCUAUGCUCCUCUAAAAUUGCAUUUUCGAUGACUCAGAUGCUUUGCCUUGGAAGUUCAGCCCUCAUCAUGUCCUUCUAUCUAAAUCUCAUAAAACUUUAUGGGUCACGUACACACUAGUUCUG